CAGGCAAGAAUUUUCUUCUAUGUUGUUUCUAAAGGUGGCUGACCUGCAAGGAAUUAUUUUGGCUCAACUUUCCCUUUUCCUGCUGUCAAUUGUUUGGUCACCUACGUUUAGAGAAUUCCAAAUUCAAAAUACGCCUAGUGAGGAAGAUAGAGAGACAGGAAUGGACCACAGCACCGAUGCUGUAAAGGAAUGCGUUGAUACGUUACAAAAGUCAGGAACUAAUUCGAAAUUCAGGCCGAAGGAGACGUUCACGUCAAAGCCUGUAUAUGAAGAAAUGACCAGUGAUAUCAAUAACAACAGUGAAGGAUCCUCGCAGAGUGAAACCGGACCUCCUAAGUUGACCAGAACAGCUCAAGCGAAAACGGCCGUUAUUUCUUCCCUUUGUAAACUAUUCUUCAUACCUUUAACGGCAGUUGCAUUUUCAACUGUUUAUGACAUUGUGAAACUUAACACCUUUGAAGGAUUUAAGGCCAUAACAACAUCAAAUCCGUCAUUUUUAUACUUCAUACUCCACAUUUUGACCAGCUUCUUUUGCUUCCAUUUUGGAUGGAUCGCGUGUUCUCUUCGUAUGCAAAGGAUUGGAUUGGCUCUUCCCUUGACACUAGCAACACCAAUCACUGUCAUCAUAACCCAGUUUAAAGGGUUUUGCGAAACAGAAAUAAUUCCGUUACCAUGUGCAUCAGGAGACAUACACUAUGUUCUUGGUGCGGGACUCCUUCUGUGGUUAGCACAAUGUUUGGGAGCCACGCACUACCUUUGGGAAAGUCCAGGAAAGAUAUUGGGAAAAGUGUGCGACUCAUUUUGGAUUCCUUAUUAUAAUGGUAAGUCUGUUACAAACAUUUCCUUAUCAAAACUGAACUGCUUUCAAUUGUAUAACUUAUUGACUUUUGUAAACCUUUAGGCUUAUUUAAGGCUCACAUGAAUUUCAAUAGAUAAUCAGAAAGUUAUUGAAAACGAAAAUUGACCAGAAAAGUUCUUUUUGGUUGUAAGCAGAUACUGGUCUUGUUUUAAACUUAGCUGAAGCGUAGACCAAUACGUGCAACUUGAAUCACACUUGUACUACCAUCUUUUUGCAAGGUGAAUCAAAUGGCUCUUUUUUAACUGAUUGGGAUGCUCAGUGUAAGAAAUUUAUUCGGAUCAAUAUCAGUAUCUGGGCAACUGCCCACCUACCCCUCCCCUAACCCAACAACAGUCUAUUGAAAACAAGUUAGCGUUAAUGUUGGGCUAGGGGAGGGGUAGGUGGGCAGUUGCCCAGAUACUGAUAUUGAUCCAUUUAUUCUUUAUAUUUUCAGGUGUGUGCCUUGAACAGAACUUGUUGACGAACAAACGAAACCUCUCAUUUGAUGAGGAAUGCUCUUCACAGGAAAAUGCAUCAGGUAAAAAAAAGGACUUUUUAAAGAUAUCUGGUCUAAUUUUCUUUUUCUUGAUGAAAUUGUCAAAAUGCUAAACAUAACAACGCUAAGAUGACCAGAAUACGAAUUUUUCAUCAGCUUCUAACCAAAAGGACAGUGGAUUACAUGUGUUCAUCUGCACUACAAUGUAUCACGAGAAAAGGGAAGAAAUGGAACAACUUCUGGAGUCAGUUUACGAUGUCCUCAAAAAUAACAAAUCAGGGCACCAUUUUGAGGCACACGUGUUUUUUGAUGGGUGCCUCAGGACAGAAGAGCUUAACAGCUAUGUACUUCAGCUGGCUUCAUUGGUGAAAAAUACUCUAAAAGUGAAAGAACUCAGCGACUGUAUUAAGGUUGAGACCCACUUUGGUAUGCAGCUUAAGUGGAAACUUGAAUUAGAACGAGAGACAUCCUUCACAAUACACUUAAAAGAUAAUGCAAAGGUAACUAAUUCAAAUUUAAGAAUUUUGAUUUGGUUCUUUUCACGAACGCAUUCAGGAGAGAGCUCAAUUUUUUUGUUGUUGGUCCAAUCACAGGUGAAAAAUAAGAAGAGAUGGAGCCAAGUAAUGUACAUGUCCUACGUUCUGGAUUUUAAAAUCGUCACAAAAAAGUUAGAAGACGACCAGUGCUUCAUCCUCGCAACAGACGGCGACGUUAAAUUUACUCAUGAGUCUGUUGAGGCCUUAAUUGAUCAAAUCUGCGAGUACCCUGGAACUGGUGCAGUAUGUGCUCGGACCUAUCCCCUUGGAAAAGGACCUGUCUAUUGGUAUCAAGUAUUUGAUUAUGCUAUUGGCCACUGGUUCCAAAAGGUUUGUGUAUGCAUGUUAGCCACAAUGAGGGUACAAUGAUUACGUUUGACAGAUUUAGCUCGGCCGAAAAGUGUAUCUCUGAAUGUUUUCCCACCUUGCUAAUCUGAGACGUAGCUCAAAACAACCUGUUUUGAGUUACGUCAUGACCCUUACUCUCAUUCUUAAAGUUUUCAACAGAACUAUUAAAAAGGAGCAGAAAGGAAAGAUAAAAGAUAAGAAAUAAUCCAUUAAUUAAUACGCUAUUUUGAUUUUAGGUGACCAAUCAUAUGCUUGGCUCAGUCUUGUGUUGUCCUGGAUGUUUCAGCUUGUACAGGUGCAGGGCUGUGAGGGAUGUUUUGCCAAAUUAUGCCACCUGUGCAGACACCGCUUUUCAAUGUCUUACCAAAGACAUGGGUUAGUCACUAUUUCAUCACUAUUUAGCUUUUCAGAGGGCCGCGGGGUUGUCAGUUAUUUAAUUACUAACUGACUUACUUAUCUACGUAUUAGCUUGGUAGCUUGCCUGCAUGCGUGCCUGUUUCCUUGCUGGCUUGUUUUCAUACAAUCGAUCAGUAGAAGCGAUAAAAUAGCACGGAUUCUGACGUUCCCUUCCAUUCCUGUAGACCGGGGUGAAUCUCGAAAUUAAAACAUCAAUCGGCAUUUAGAGCGAUAGAUUGUUCAGGUUUUUUUAAGGACCCGCUGGAAAAAAAGAUUAAUGUAAGCUGUUUCUAAAGAGCACAAGCAAACCGAGAUUGAAUUUUUUUUCAGAAAGAAUCUAUUUAUCAAUCUAUCAUUGUGUGCCGUGAUUUGUCUCAUCUAAGUUGCAAUAAUUUUUUCAAGGGGAAGACCGCUGGAUGUGCACACUGAUGAUACAAAAUGGCUGGCGAUUGACAUAUUGUGCUGCUGCAGAGAACAGUACUUAUUGCCCAGGGAGUUUUGAUGAGUUCUAUAAACAACGAAAACGAUGGGCGCCAUCUACACUAGCCAACCUCGUUCUACUUAUUACCGAAUGGAAGCAGACAUUGAAUAACAACGAGCAUAUUUCUUUAUUAUUCAUUAUUUAUCAAGCGUUCCUUGUCUUCUCCACAGUAAUUGGGUAAGUUAUGCCCAUUUGUAAACUUUAUCAGAAACGUUAAAUAUUGGUGUAAGUAACUCUAAAUUCAAGAUUCUACUUAUUUUUAUCGAAGUAUUAUUCAUCAAUCCAUUUCUGUGUUAUUGAGAUUUUUUUAUCUCCUUGCCAUUGCCAUGAGCCUGCCGACAAAAGCACCUUAUAAAAUUCUUCGUAUUCCUUUUCAUAGACUGUGCUCCGUAACUUUUUAAUGCGGUACGAAAAGUGGAAACGGAAUUUCAAUCCGGUUUUAAAAAUUAUGAAAAAACGAAGAAUAGAAGUCAUAAAUUCUAAUUUCUUCUAAGCGAGCAAACCUGCAAACGCAAAGAAAAGUGGUAAGCCAUUUAAUGAAAAAAAAAAACAUGGAUCUAGGGAAUGACAUUUAGAGUGCUUUUUUUCACAGAAUGAAAAAAAGUUGAACUAGAUUUCACUUUUCUAUUAGUAUUUGAAAAAUAAUUUUGCAUUGAGGAGCACGAUUUCAUCUAUUCUUACCUUACUUUUUUUUUCUCUUGACGACAACUCAGUAAAGUCCAUAAUUAUAACAUAAUUCCCUUUAUUUCAGAGGUUCCACGGUCAUUUUGGUCAUAGUGGGUGGAAUGGUACUUGCAGGUGUUCCAGUCAACCACAUAACAACAUCCGUGCUCCUUAGCCUUGUUGUUGCUGUUUACGUCUUAAUAUGCCUCUACACUCCCCCAAAGUGGCAGCUUAAAGUGUCAAAGAUACUGACAUUUUUUUUCUCAGUUAUCAUGUGCACUGUGGCGGUCGGAUUGGCUGUCCAAAUUUCCAACGAUUUAAAGGAAAGGAAAGUUGAGCCAACUGUGGCAACGACGAUGCAGAUAGAAACGACAUCGUUAACAACGACAACAAAACCUUUAGAACACCAUCUUCCGGCGGGGGUGAGCAGUCUGUACCUAGGUGGACUGAUAGCAAUCUUUGUAGUCUCUGCUCUCUUACAUCCAAGAGAAGUUACCUGCUUGUUUCAUGGAAUUUGGUACUUCCUCUGCCUUCCAUCUGGCUACCUUCUACUGACAGUUUACGCUAUCUGCAAUCUAACUGACAGUUCUUGGGGUAUGUUGUCUUUUUCUUUUGAUCAUCACCUGAAUUGUUAAUAGGCGUACUUUUCUAGAAGACUUUCGUGUAUAUGAAAGCGGGAAAUUUCCCUUGUGAACCAGUGAAGUUCAUGCAUGUUUCAGGCUUUUAACGAAUUAACAAAGUCUCUUAUGAAGGCUGUUUUCUGAAACAGUCAGGAUCGAAUUCCUAAGCCCAAACGUACUUAUCUGCAAUUAAGCUUUAUAGACUCGUGGUUGCUGUGCACUACAUUGCAAGGGCUUGGGAGAAGCCAGGCUUAACAAUGGAAACAAGAUAAGAUAUAAGAUAGGUGCCCUUUAACGAACCGUUUUCUCUGAAUACACAAUCUCGAUGCUUCCCCUUUAGUGAGAAAUGAUUGAUACACUGGUAAAAAACAAAAAAAGGUUCCCACAUCUACUUGACGCCAAUUUGCUGCGCUUCAUUGUGAGAAUUUUGUUAGUUUUAAAUUAUAGCAAUUUCCAAAUAAGCUCGAGCAUUUUGUACCCCUUCCACUUCAUCGAACCUCCACAAAACUAAAUUAGUUGAGAGGUGGAGAUCUGUUUGAGAAUGUUUAUCUAUUCACUCGUUUUUCAUCUUGACCAAGCUUUGUUAAGUGUUAUAUUUGUUUGGUUAGGAACAAGAGAAGAAAGCUCAGGAAAGAAAAGCAGCCAAAAUUCAUUAUGGGAGUAUUACUUAUGUUGUCAUUGGACCAGAUCAGAUAGGGGUGGAGAUGAGAGGAGGAAACUCUCAGAUUCCAAGGUAAGCCGUGCGAACUAACUUUACAAUGACAUAAACACAAAAGAAACACGUAAGGGAGGACUUUGAUCGACUAUGGGCAAUUGCAACUUUUUAUGUGGAUAAUUGAAAGAACACUUUAUUCGUGUUAUCAGGCUUCUUCCUUCUAUUUGUUAUUUGGCUUAUUUAACAUUACAUGGCAGAUUUUAUUAAGCAAAGAAAGGACACUUGAAAUAUAAAGAAAGUCGCAAAACUUCCAUGCGUGUUAUAUUUUAAACCAUCGAAUAAGCUAUACAUCGUCAUCGUGAAAAUAAUAAAUGGUGACGAUUCGGGAUGAAUUUUUAGGAACCAGGACCAUCAGGUCUUAACACGAACACAGGGUCGGCAGAAAAAGAAAACAAUGAGGGAAAUGCGAAAACCAGGUCUGUGGAAGAAGUACUCAGCAGUGAGGCCAAAGGUGAACUCGACGUAACCCACUCAACAGGUAAAACAAGAUGUUCUUUUCGUCUUUAGAAUAAAUAGAUUAAAUAAAACUUCUGUCGUCAAGCUUAAAAAUGUUAACUCAAAGGAAAUCGAUGCAAGGUUAGAUAAUCACAGCCUUCUUUGUGAUAACCAAAAUUUUGGUUUAAAAGGUCAGUGCUGAAGUAUUCUGUAUUGAGGCUGACGGCAAAAAUAAUCGACAAACUGAAAGGCCAAGUCAUUGCAGGAUAGUAUGAACUAUAAUUACACUUUUUUGUUUACCAAAAGUCAAAAGUGAACUAUAAUGACAUGUAACCUUGAUCGUUUUGUUAAAGCUGAACAGUUUUAUAGUGAUCUCUAGAAGAUGAAAAAAAAAAGAUUUAUAGUUUCAGGAACGAUACAGGUUAACAACAGGGGUGGCGGUUCUUAUCAAUAAUAUCGUAAAUUUUGUUACAAGCCAACCUUUCUUCAUAGUUAAAAUUAUAUCACUAUUUCCUACACCAUCAACUUCAAUAAUUUACAAAAAUAAAUUCUUUGAACUCUUGAAGCGAUGAACCUUUCAGAGUCGAAUGACGAACACAUACCCAGUGAGCAGUUGGGAGAUUUCUUAGGUGAAAUAAAACUUGAGGUACAAAAUCUUAAAUUAGUUGAAAUAAUGCUAAAUUAAUUAUAUAUCUUCAUACAAUACAAAUUACCUUAUGCACAAUGAACCUUACACAAAUCAUGCAGAUAUAUGAUAAUAUUUAAUAACGUGAACUGAAAAGGACUCCAAAAUUCGCAAGAAUGAUACGUAUAAAGGCGAGUACAAGUCAAAACUGACUGAACAUAGGAGCAAACUCUACAAUCAGAGCUUGGCGAGAAUUGUAAAACUUACAGCUUAAACGAUUAAGAUGAUUUUUCCGAUUCGUUACCCUUAUGUUGAAGCAAGAAAAAAUAGGGGAACAGAAAGGGAAAUUUGAGCGUUGGUUCUGAUGAGUCAUUUCUCUCAAACUGUUUUUAACUAAGGGGUGGAAAGGUCGUAGUUUUUCUCCUUGUUUCAAAUUUUGUGGACUGUCUCUAGACAAAUACCGUGAUUGGCGUGUUAUCGGCGUGGUAUCGUCUUUUCAAAUUUUUUUAAAUUCAAUUUUUUUAGUUGAUUAUGAUUUUGAUUUUAGUAUCUGAUUGAUGGGCUUUUCUCUUCUUAGAAAUAUUACCAAAGUUUCUUUGACAGUGGAUAUGAAUUUAUAGACGACUUGGUCGGAAUAAAGGAGGAAGUAAGUUUGACUUUGGUAUAGUUGAGCGGAAGAGGCACUUGUAAUGUAAAAAGAUACACACAUUCCAACGCAUGUAUCAAUUACUUAUUUGGAAAAGGUUUUAAGAAACUAUAAAAUCAUGCAGACUAGCAUUAAAAAGGGUUGAAUUUUUUCUUUUUUCAAAAGAUUAUUUGAAUUUUUUCUUUUUUCAAAAGAUUAUUUGAAUUUUUUCUUUUUUCAAAAGAUUAUCCAAAUGAUAUUCAUACAUAUACUAAAGCAGUGGAUAUCGUAUGAAGGAGCGCUUUCAUUGGCCACUCAAACUCCGAAUAUCCUUCUCUUUUCACAUCCGAACAACCCGUGGCAUUUGCACCCCAAAAUAUUGUAAUCGCUGCAGGAAUAAAUGAGUUAAAAUCAUUUGUUUGUGCUAAUAAAAAAAAAUCCAUACAUUUAUCUUUGAUCUGCUAGGAUCUUGAGCAGAUCGGAAUCAAUGAAGAGGAUCAUUCAAAGCUCAUGGAGUAUAUCAAGAGGAUUCCUCAAGAUGAUUCAAAGCAAGAAAUACCAGUAAGUUUACUAAACGAAUCAUAAUUCAGGAAGCCAAGAUGUCUUGCCAGAAUCGUGGUCGACGUUUUGGCCUCUUCGAAGGCAGUUUGCAAACGGUUGGAUUACCUUUGAAACCCAUGAGGUGGUCAUCAUCACCAGUUAACCCAAUGACUUCUUUGGAGUGCAAAAACGAGCCAUGGUGAAAAGCUGAAAUUUCACAGCUGUCAUUAUGCUACGGACUGUUUAUUGAGAAAACCAUUCUUAUUGUAUUGGAAAACCAAGGAUUUCAUUAACGCAAUAUCUUACAGUUUAAACAAUAGCGUUUUAAAAACAAUGCUUUUUUUAAGAUUCCAGAAUUCACAUAUAUCUGAAAAUCUGCUUUUGCAUUCUUGUUCCAACUGCCAAUAAGGGAAGAAACAAAAUCGAUAAAGAUACUAACUACAACGAAUGCCCAAUGGUGAAUGCUGAUGUUCCUUGAUUAACCUUUGUUAUCAGGAAAACAUUAAAGGCUGGUUGAUAAAGCACCAUCUCGAAGAUUAUCAUUCCAAAUUCGGUGAGAAAUUUAAGCAUCUAUGGCAACUUCAAAAGUUGAAAAACGAGCCCAAAAAGGAUUUCAAGGAAUCCGCAAGGAAAAAUUUUGGAAUCGAAAAACCGGGCCAUUUUAAAAGGCUGGUUAAGGCUGUUUGCAGUUUACAGGUGAAAGGUAAGCAAAGUUUAAAUCAUUGCAACGUAGUACUCUAAUAUUCUGCAUGAUGCGGUUGUUUGCCAGGACCUUUUCAUUAUCCUUGUUUGACGUAGCGAUGGUAUUAGAGUUGCACUUGUGAUGAUUCAUAGGAAAAUCUAUUCGUGCUUCGUAAGCAUUGUACUUAUUAACUGAUUAAAUAAUUAGUUCAACAACCUACCACCACCCAUUUGGGAAAGGUAUUGUUAUUUCGGAGAUUUCUUUGUCUGAAAUGUUUGCAAGCCGACCAGCAGCGGUCAAUCUAAGGUUGCAUUCCUUUGAAAUGAUCCAGCUCAGGUUUCUUUAUCAGAGAACACUCGGAUCAUGAUGCACAGAAAAACGUUGUUCGAUUGCGUAGUAUCAAUAAACAUAUCAAUAAUCAGCGUAAACUUUUAGCGUGCGUGAGAGCGGAGUGCAAAGUUUCAGAACGGAAAUAUCAUGGCCACUGAGUGUAGCGCAGUUGUUUUUCGUUAAUAGAAAAAAUUAUCCAUGAUUGAACUUCAGUUAAAGCGAGCAGUCCCAAGAAGGCUACAGCAACUGAGCGGAUAGAACCAGCCGUUUCUGAAAAAGACCACAAAUUACUGUUUGAGGAGAAAUUACGAACGAGAGAGAAUUGCCAGACUCAUAAAGUAUUAAUGUUUGGAGGGACAACUUCCCUAACAUUCCACCGUUCUCAUUCGGCGUCCGCAUGCAGCCUUGCCUCAGCUGUACUGAUGUCAUCAUUUUUUACUCUUUUUUUAAUUAUCACUAUUUCUUCUUGCUGAUUCGUAGCGAGGGCUAACUGUAAUUUGCACAAUGAAACAAAAAGAAUCGUCGUUUGCGAGCUGAAUUCAAAGUCUGUAAUUUACGAGAAACCUUUGCUUAUUUUAAUUACCACGACUGUUUCAUUUAGUUACCGACGAGAGCAACUUUGCUCUUGGCCCCGUUCUCGAGCCUUAAUUUCGACACUAGACCUUAGACUCGUGAGAACUUGGAAACGGCUAUUACACCCAGUUUUGAUCAUCACAUAUGGCAAGGUUUUGGUAAUUUGGUGUGUACAAACCACUUCUUCACCUUUUCUGAUAAAUUUCCAUGAACAUAAUACUGGUAGAAACAGGGCUAAGAAGUUUGUGGCAACAACUGUAACGUCCGAAUUUAUUUCGACGCCGUCUUUUUCUUUUAGUCUAAGCUGCCUCCCCACGUUACGUUAUGGUUCAAUCAAUAUUUUGCUUACUUCGUCCGCUCUCGUCCAAGUAGACUGAUUUGUAAUAACCCAGUAUUCUUGUUUCAUUUUCAGGACACGUACAGAUGACAAUCCUCAGCACGGAGCAUACACUGAAUAGUGUUCUGCCUGUCAAGCGUGAUAGCAAGGACUAUCCUGAAGACGAAAUAACCUUCUGGAAAGAAUUACUUGAAGAAGGAUUUCUUUCUCCGCAUAACACAGCUUUAGCGUUCACGUCUUCUCCCGAAGAAAACCUCCGGAAGCUUAGAACAACAGCGCUGUGGGUAUUCAGUGUCAGCAACAUGUUUUGGAUGGUACUUAUACUGACGCUGGUAGAAAAGAGAGACCUCAAGAUUUUAGGGCUCGAUGUCAUCGCACUUAGCUUCCUAAUCACCUAUGGGGGGAUAAUCUUUGCCCAGUUUUUAGCCCUUUUGUGCCAUCGUGUGAAAACAAUAAUGCAUAUUUUGGCACGCACGCCAUGGAUUUUGCCUAUAAAGAACGAGACAGAAAAAAAUGAAAGAAUGAAUGAAAAAAGCGUUUUGCAAAGCAGAAAACAUAGGAAAUUGCAUCCUUUUUCCUAUGCUUAAGUUCUUGUAUUGUUGGUCAGUUAUUCAACUCGUCCAAUUUCUUUUAAUCAUUAUUAUUUCAUUCUCUUAAGACCCUGAUAACAUCUGUCUAAAUUGUUGUCAGUUUAGAGACAUAAAUUUCCUUUAAUUUGGUUUAAUUCUAGAUUGUUAAGGAAAAUGUCGAAAAGUUUUUAAUUUAAUUUCAAAUUCAAAAACGCGUGAACUCUUUGAUUUGAUUCUGACAGGUGAAUACUGUAUCGACCAAUCAUGAUACAGAUCAGGAAACGCCAACACCAUUACACCAAUCAAAACCAUUACUUCAUUAUUUACUGCUGUUGUUUGCGGUUUUGAUCUGUAACGCAUUAUUGGCUAUUUCCUCGUAACUUAGCAUCAUUCAGAGAUAAUUUCUGAGUUCAAAGACUUACUGCAAGUCUCUGAGUUUUUUCUUGAUAUCUAAUCACUGCAAAAAGUGAACACGAACAUAGAGUUUUUGUUAGUAGUGUUGAUAUUAGUAUAAGCACCCACAAUGUAAUAAGUGUGAUUCGUUUUCCCAGUCAUCCUAUUUUGCUAUUUUCUCUGUCAGUGUAUUGAUUAUCUGAACAACAGCAAAGAAAAUUAUCUUUGUGCCAGAAUUUCGUAAUUAAAAAAUAGUUCUAGAGAGAUUAAUGACCAAUGAUUGGCCAAAAUCCUGACUUUGAAAAGAAUUUAUCGGCCGUGAACUUGGCUGUACUAAUGCCGUAUGCCACCUUAUCUUUUAAACCGACUUCUCGAGUCUUGCAUAUUUUCCAGCAAGGGAUUUUUUCCGUUUAAGAUGUAGCAAGAGUGGUUGUCUACUUUUUUCGUAUCGCUGAUAAAAAUAUGAAAUUCAACGUAGAAACUGCGGAACUUUUGCUAAGGUCAGCAAAGUGUAAGUGCUUCGCUUACCAGUUGUUAUUCAACUAGACGUAUACAUUCGUUGUUUGAUCAUUAAUUAGUGUCAUACUGUAACCGUCACUUAUCCUGGUCUUUUCUUUUAGUUGUUUUCAAUACCUACGUCGUUUUGAAUGUGAUCAAUCUGAAAAGCGCAAUUCUUUCGUAGUCAAUCGUUCUCACUCAGUUGGAAUGUAUUAGAUAAUCCAUAACAUUAAUUAUCUAAUCCUUUAGCGUUGUAGUUCAGGCUUAAAUAGGACUACAUCGUAAAGCUUUUGUUGAAAACACCAGGGACACAUUAAGGCUACAUCUGGCUGCAUAUUGGUUACAUGACUGUAUUAAAAAUAACGUUGAAGCCAAGUCUUUGUGGACCAUACUGUCUCAAAGAUAUUCAACAGCCCUAAUAGAUUCUGACCUUCGCGCAAACAGCGAGUGGCUGUUCCUCCAGUAAGAGCCUUUGCAAAGAGUACAUUACUGAGUUUUUCCUCUGUCCUCUCAUUUAUAUGAGAAGGCAAAACUUGUUUUCACAAAGAGCAUCUAAUCCUAAAAAUCCGUACAAAGAUGUUAUUUUUCUUCCUCCAUCGAAAUGACUGUCAAUCGUAUAGUCCAAUUGUUCGGUUGAGAUUAGUCCUAACAAUUUUUUUCUUUCUUUCGGAUGUUGCUAGCGCCCAUUGGUUCACGCUUUUUCUAUUCGAGGCAAGAAAAUCUCAUGAAUUUUUAUUUCCAUCCCAGAACUUGUAUGAUGUUUGCCAGAAGUUAAAGAGUGUCGAAAAAUUGAGUUAUAAAUAGUUGAAAGUGAUGAUCUAUAGCUAUUCAGUGAUACUCAUUGUUCUCUGGAAAUUUACUCCCAGUGAUUUUACAUGUCUUUCCCUGGUACAGCGCAAAUUAGUAUUCUCAGCUUCAGAACCAACUCGUUUCCACCCGAAGUCCCUACUGCUGUUCCUGGUCCCCCCCCCAUUUUGCUCUAUCUUACAAAUUGCACGCAUGUCAAUUUUCAAUACACUUCGGCUAUUUUAUUUCACACAUUUUACGCAAGAGAUUA